CUCUGCAACCUCAGUCAUAAACCGCCUUCAACCCAUCUCAAUUCUAUAUAAAUCAAAGACAAAGACGAGACGAUCAAGAUGUCCUCCCUAACCGCCCAAGAAUCCUCCGAAUCCAACCCCAAGAACCCCGUCAACGAGGGCACCACGUCCGCGCCAGGCACAGGAAGCGAUCCCGCCGUGCCAAAAGGCACGGGCAAGACAAGUGACUCGGGUUUUGAGAGUGGGCUGAGUAGUAAGGGCGAUAAGAUUUCGGCUGGUACACAGAAUGCAUCAGGCAACUCUGAGCAGAGGUCUGGCGCGGAUUUGAGUCAGGAGGGUGGUGAUAAGGGGGGGAAGAGCGGGAGUGAAAGUCUGCUUGAUAGUGUGGAGAAGAGUGUUCAUGAGAGGGGUGAGGGCGAGCAUUCGAGGGCUGUCUAGACGUAUCAAUACCUGCUGACCUGAGUAAGA